GCGGCGCCGAAGACCCGACCCAUCCGGACCGCAAAUCCCGAAACCUACGCGCUUCCUCGGCGGGGGAAGCCUGACGCGCGGUUACGGCGAGCUUUGGGGCGACUUGCUUUUCUCACCUCCAAAACUGCCAUUUCCCUCUCUCUCAAAGCCAGACGUUACGUUUGCAAAGCUACUGGACUUUAAUCUUUAAAACAAUACCCCGCAGGGCGUGGCUAGCGGGGCUGGCCGAGCGGCCCAGGAAAGUUGGCCUGGGCUGGGAGUGACUCGUUUUGUGCCUGAAGAGAGAGAGAGGAAGAGUGUGAGGGCAUCGCAUCCUCGGGAGGAGAUGCUUUUGAAACACCAUCCGUUAGCAGCCAUACAAACACUUUCCUGUUGCUUUGUUUUGUUUAUACACUGAGUGGCUUUUCGGUGAAAUGCUAUUUUGGUUACAGGAAGAAAUGGCCCCCCAGGAGCUCAGCCGGCGACUGGCCACAGUGAUCACUCAUGUCGAUGAAAUCAUGCAACAGGAAAUCAGGCCUUUGGUGGCAGUGGAUAUAAUUGAACAACUUCACAGACAGUUUGCCAUUCUCUCAGGAGGCCGAGGGAAAGACGGUGCCCCCAUCAUCACUUUUCCAGAGUUUGUGGGGUUCAAACACAUCCCAGAGGAAGACUUCCUGAAUGUCAUGACCUACCUGACUAGCAUCCCCAGUGUGGAGGCUGCCAGCAUUGGAUUCGUCAUUGUUAUUGACCGACGAAGGGACAAGUGGAGCUCCAUAAAAGCAUCGUUGACACGAAUAGCUGUAGCAUUUCCAGGAAAUUUGCAGCUUAUAUUCAUCCUUCGUCCAUCUCGCUUUAUCCAGAGGACAUUCACUGACAUUGGCAUUAAGUAUUAUCGAGAUGAAUUUAAAAUGAAAGUGCCGAUCAUUAUGUUAAACUCUGUCUCUGACCUUCAUGGCUACAUUGACAAAAGCCAACUGACAGAAGACUUAGGGGGAACUUUGGAAUAUCGCCAUAGUCAGUGGAUAAAUCAUCGAACUGCCAUUGAAAACUUUGCCGUGACAUUGAAGACCACUGCCCAGAUGCUCCAGAUGUUUGGGGCCUGCCUAGCCACAACAGAGCUGCCCAGGGGCGUGCUGUCCACUGAAGACCUCCUCAUGUCCCACACAGGGCAGCGGGACAAGCUGCAGGAUGAGCUGAAAUUACUUGGAAAGCAAGGGGCCACACUGCUGUCAUGCAUUCAAGAACCAGCAACCAAAAGUCCCACCAGAAAACUCAAUCCCAAUCAGCUAGAGAAUGUAGCAACCAUGGAAAGGUUAUUACUUCAAUUGGAUGAGACAGAAAAAGCCUUUAAUCAGUUUUGGUCCGAGCAUCACUUGAAGCUUAGUCAAUGCCUACAACUACAACACUUUGAGCACAAUUUUCAUGAGGUUAAGCGUGCCCUGGACAAUUUGUUGGCAGAGCAAGCAGAGUUUACAGACAUCGGAGACAGUGUGAUACGUGUGGAGCAACUUCUUAAGGAACACAAAAAACUGGAAGGAAAAGGCCAGGAGCCCUUGGAAAAGGCCCAGCUGCUUGCAGUAAUUGGGGACCAGCUCAUCCAAAGCCAUCACUAUGCGGCAGACUCCAUCCGACCCAGGUGUGUAGAGCUCAGGCACCUCUGCGAUGACUUCAUCAAUGAAAACAAGAAAAAAUAUGACAUUUUAGAAAAGUCCUUGGAGUUGCAUAGACAACUGGACAAGGUCAGCCAAUGGUGUGAAGCAGGAAUCUACCUUUUGGCUUCCCAAGCUGUAGACAAGUGCCAGUCACGAGAGGGAGUUGACAUUGCCUUGAACGACAUUGAGGCAUUCCUGGGCACUGCGAAGGAGUACCACUUGCCCAGCCACAUGGAGUUUUACAGCCAGUUCGAGUUGAUACUCACCCUUGACCUAAAGGCCAAAGCCCAGGAAGUCCUACAGAAGCUGGGUGAUGUGCAGGAAAUAUUUCACAAGAGGCAAAUGAGUCUGAUGAAACUGGCAGCCAGACAGACUCGCCCGGUGCAACCCGUGGCCCCUCAUCCUGAGUCUUCCCCAAAAUGGGUGUCAUCGAAAACCAGCCAGCCCUCCACCUUGGCUCCUCUUCAGAGAACAUCUGAGGAACCUUGUACAGGGACAGUAGAAAAAGAUGAUAAAACUAAACUUGAAGUCAAGGAUGAAGAAAUACUGGAAAGCAGUCACAAUGGGGCAAACCCUGAGCCAGAGCAGCUUGACGGCCCUGCACAUCUUUCCCCCUCCAGACGCAUUAUACGUGACUUGCUUGAGACCGAAGAGAUUUAUAUAAAAGAGAUUAAGAGCAUAAUUGAUGGAUAUAUCACUCCAAUGGAUUUUAUUUGGCUGAAGCAUCUGAUUCCAGAUGUUCUUCAGAAUAACAAGGAGCUUCUCUUUGGGAAUAUUAGAGAACUUUAUGAAUUUCACAACAGGACUUUUCUAAAAGAAUUGGAAAAGUGCACCGAAAACCCUGCACUUCUGGCACGUUGCUUUCUCAAGAGAAAAGAAGAUCUUCAAAUGUAUUUUAAAUACCAUAAGAAUCUGCCCCGAGCUAGGGCAAUCUGGCAAGAAUGUCAAGACUGCGCCUUCUUUGGGGUGUGCCAGCGCCAAUUGGAUCACAAUAUCCCUCUUUUUAAGUAUCUUAGAGGACCAAGCCAGAGGCUUCUAAAAUACCAGAUGCUGUUAAAGGGUCUGCUGGACUUUGAGACUCCUAAGGAUUGGGAGAUAGACCCAGGAGACCAGGAAGGAGGUUCGGCUAAGAAUGGGCCAAAGAGGACCAAGGAUUCAGCAUUCUUAGCUGAACUACAACAAGCUUUGGCCAUGAUGGAGGAUUUGAUCAAGUCCUGUGAGUUGGCCGUGGACCUGGCAGCAGUCACUGGAUGUCCGGAUGACAUCAGGAAACUGGGCAAGCUGUUGAUGCAUGGUUCUUUCAGUGUCUGGACAGUUCACAAGGAUCGUUAUAAAAUGAAGGAUUUUAUUCGAUUUAAGCCCAGCCAGAGGCAAAUCUAUCUUUUUGAAAGAGGAAUCGUGUUCUGUAAGAUACGAAUGGAGCCCAGUGACCAGGGCCUAUCUCCUCAUUACAGCUUUAAGAAAUCCAUGAAGCUGAAGACACUUUCGGUUCGCCAGCUUGGAAGGGGGAGCAACAGAAAGUUUGAAGUUGCCAACCGAAAUGGACUUGAGAAAUACAUCCUGCAGGCAACUUCAAAGGAAAUCAGAGAUUGUUGGUUUUCAGAAAUAAGUAAAUUACUGAUGGAACAGCAAAACAAUAUUAAAGGCUGCUCCAGCAAGGAGUUUACCUCCAUGGAAACCUUUGACCAUCCCGAAGGUGCAGAAGAUAUGGAAAAGGAGAACAGUGCUCUGAGUCUGUCCGGACUCUUCCAGUUGGACGACAGUUAUGAAACGUGUUCCUCCAAAUCUGUCCUGGAAACGGGAGAAAGCGUCCAGGGGAAAAAGGAAAGCGGCGAUGAACACGUUUGAGUGUGAAAGAGAAAGAACAAACAGUAAGCGAAUCUGUUAGCCGUUGCUCCUCUGACUUUCUUCUUGGAAUUUUAGGCCAACAAACACAACUAAGGAGAACGCAGCCGUGCCCGCUGCCUUGCUCGGCCCUGCGGGGGACGCGACUAGUUUCCGGGCGAAAGCAGAGCGGGCGAGGGAAGGAUGCCUGCGCACCCCCUCCCCCGAGAACUGACACCGGUUCUAGAACACCGCGGCUCCCCCGCUCGGCCGGGCCGCCCCACGCCGCCUCCAUUCCGGGCCCGGCCUGCUGCGGACGCCGAGGGCCUGGCCCACCCUUCAGCGGGAAAGCAGCCAAGGGGGCGCCUCGGACCCUGCGGAUCUGCAGCUGGGGGUUGGGGGUGGGGUGAGAUAGGACCGCCUUCCAGAAGCCUGAGGAAGGGCCCACGGCCUGCCCGCGGAGGCCACCCUCCCGGCGAGGGCCGCUGAGAACCUGGGAGCUGCUCCACACGCUUCAGCGUUAGCCCUGGGGACUCGGCUCAGAAGCCCGCGAACCUCGGGGCUGCUCCACACGCGCCUGCGCGAGCGCCCGGACUCGGUGCAGUAGCCUUCGGGCUCUUCAGGCGCCUGCGCGAGGUGCGGGGCUCCGUGCAGACACCCGCGAACCUCGGGGCUGCUCCCCACGCGCCUGCGCGAGCGCCGGGACUCGAUGCAGACACCCGCGAACCUCGGGGCUGCUCCCCACGCGCCUGCGCGAAGGUCUGGACUCGGUGCAGACACCCGCGAACCUCAGGACUGCUCCCCAGGCGCCUGCGCGAGCGUCGGGACUCCGUGCAGACACCCGCGAACCUCGGGGCUGCUUCACACGCGCCUGCGCGGGUGCCGGGACUAGCUGAAGACGUCCGCGAACUUCGGGGCUGCUCCACACCGGCUUACUCGAGCGCCGGGAUUUCGUGCAAACGCCCGCGACCCCCCGAGCUGCUCUGCCGCUCCUGCAGAGGUUAGCGGAGCCCAGUCCUGCGGGGUCCUGCCCAAGGUUUCUCAACGUUGGCAUUUAGA